GUUCUCAUGAAAUGUCGGACUCACUCCAGAUGCUAUCGUGAAACAGAGGCGGACUUUCCAAUGCACGGACAGAAGACUCUGACAUAAAUGCACUUCUUGCAUCCCGUUCACCUCCUUACCGACCAAUACCGAACCAUCAACGAUCACAUAAUUCUCCAUUAUCAAUCCCAAUUCCAACCUCGAGGAUAGAAUUUCUAGUAAGCAUUUCUUUCAUGCCGUCGUUGGAUUGCUGCGAUUCUGCGGUAUCCUGGGUCAACCCCUACGGCCUGUUGUUCAAUGCGCUCGCUCUGAUACCGUUUUGGCACUACUUAUUGGGCUUUCUGAUCGUUUCCGUUCUGUUUCUCUACAAUUUCUUGGAAUUCCAUCUCGUGGAAGAUGUCUUAUCGGGGUUCAGAGGGAGUCCCGUGAGCCUGACUUACAACUCCUCCUCCCAUAUCUACGACAGCGUCGUUUCCAAGUGCCGCGUUCUUCGUGGCCGGUAUUUGGCAACACCAUGGCUCUCAAGUCCUCAUAUACAGACUGUUUUUCUGAAUUUCCAUGGGAGACCUCCUGCCUUCAGCUACAGAAGACAACUCUUUCAUGCUACCGAUGGUGGAACCAUUGCUUUGGAUUGGCUAAUGAGUCGUGAUGUUUCAGGGGGUGCUUUACUAAUGGAUUCUUCUAUUUCAAAAAAUGACACAACUCCUAUCAUUGUAGUGGUUCCUGGAUUAACAAGUGAUUCUGCAUCAGCUUACAUAAAGCAUCUUGCCUUCAAUACGGCGAAACACGGCUGGAAUGUAGUGGUUAGCAACCAUCGAGGAUUGGGUGGUGUUUCUAUUACUUCCGAUUGCUUUUAUAAUGCUGGAUGGACAGAGGAUAUACGUUUAGUCAUCAAUUAUCUUCAUAAAGAAUAUCCUGAGGCUCCUUUAUUUGCUGUUGGAACUAGUAUAGGUGCCAAUGUUCUGGUAAAAUAUCUUGGGGAGGAUGGAGAGAACACCCCUUUGGCUGGUGCUGUAGCUCUCUGCUCUCCGUGGGACCUUUUGAUUGGUGACAGAUUUAUAUCCCGCAGGCUGGUGCAGAAGUUUUAUGACAGAGCACUCACUAUUGGCCUUCAAGGUUAUGCACAACUACACCAACCUCGUUAUUCUCGCCUUGCUAACUGGGAAGGCAUAAAAAAGUCACGCUCUAUUCGAGAUUUUGACAACCAUGCCACCUGCCUUGUUGGAAAAUUUGAGACUGUGGACACAUACUACAGGCGCUGUAGCAGCGCUAGUUACGUGGGAAAUGUGUCAAUACCACUACUAUGUAUCAGUGCUUUGGAUGAUCCAGUCUGUACAAGGGAAGCCAUUCCUUGGGAUGAAUGCAGGGCAAACAAAAAUAUUGUGCUGGCUACAAUAAAGCAUGGAGGACAUUUGGCAUUCUUUGAAGGAAUAACUGCAUCUGGCCUAUGGUGGGUAAGGGCAGUUGAGGAAUUUCUCAAUGUCCUACGCUCCAGCCCAUAUAUGCAUGUGCAACAGAAGAUGCAGAGCUCUAGCCCUCAUUCGUCACCGGACUCCACAAUCGAUCAGGGUCCAUACGUAAAUAUCGCAGAUGGAAUGGUGGCUGCAAUGUGCAAUGAGCAAAAUAAAGAUGACAUGGUAGAAGAAUUUCCUGAACCGCCGAAGAAGUCUGAUGAAGAAGAUAAUAAAAUGGCUUUCGAAACAAAACAAGAUGAGCACCAGACAGAAGCAAAAGAUGAUGUUUCCCCGGAUAUUGCAGAAAGCAACAACCAAACUACCCGUGUCCAGGACGUUCGGCACUUUGAUGCAAUUUCUCCAGUUCGAAGAUGCUUAGAUCUGCUGUCCCGGCAGAAUAAGUGUUCCAUGUGGUUGCUUGCUUACAUAGCUAUUAUAACAAGUUGGCCAUUGGUAGGCUCAGCUCUUCAAACCGUCUUCAGAAAGAAGCUCAGAAAAUUCUUACCUGCUGCUUUGUUCAGAACCCAUGCUCUUAAAUGAUUGUUGG